AUGGCCGCCACUAACCAGGGGCCAGACAUCUAUAAGGUGUGGCUGUUACUCUCCUUGUUUUACAGCCAGAAGGACUACUGGUGGAGAGGUGUCGAGAAGGCGGUGUCCAGACAGCUUCUGAGAGCCGGACUGGUUGCGGUGACCCAGAGGCGGGCCGGAGGCGGGGCCAGUCGGGAGGCGGGCGGGGCGGCUGGGGCCCGGCCCAGAGCCCCGGGCGGUCGCAUUGUUUUCCUGCGCGGAGCAGCGGCGGGAGUGGGGGCUGCGACUGGGACCCAGGACUCGCCCGACCCGACUGCGCCCGCGAGGUCAGAUCCGAGCUCCAUCCCAUUCGGACGCUCGUCACGUCUCGCCAGAGCCCCAAUCACGGAUUGCAAACUCGGCGCGGUGCGGGGCCGCUGUCCGCCCGCUGCGAUCUUGGUCCCGCUGACCCGGAUCUCCGAGCAAGUCAGAGGUCUCCUAUUCCCCUCAAACCCCCACAGGAGUCAUCACCCCAGGGCUGGCAUAUGGGUGAGGGGGUACCCCCUGGGGCCUGAGCUGCCCCGCACAGGAUGCCCCGUGCCCCCCCACUUCAUGCCUUUGCUGCUUCUGCUGCUGUUGCUCUCACUUCCCCACACCCAGGCGGCCUUUCCCCAGGACCCCCUCCCUCUGCUGACCUCUGACCUGCAAGGUACUUCCCCAUUAUCCUGGUUCCGGGGCCUGGAGGAUGAUGCUGUGGUUGCAGAACUUGGGCUGGACUUUCAGAAAUUCCUGACCUUGAACCGGACCUUGCUAGUGGCUGCCCGGGAUCACGUUUUCUCCUUCGAUCUUCAAGCUCAGGAAGAAGGAACAGGGCUGGUGCCCAACAAGUAUCUGACAUGGCGGAGUCAAGACAUGGAGAACUGUGCUGUACGGGGAAAGCUGACGGACGAGUGCCACAACUACAUUCGUGUUCUUGUUCCCUGGGACUCUCAGACACUCCUUGCCUGUGGAACGAAUUCAUUCAGCCCCGUGUGCCGCAGCUAUGGGAUAACUUCGCUGCAGCAGGAGGGUGAAGAGCUGAGUGGACAGGCUCGAUGCCCCUUUGAUGCCACCCAGUCCAACGUGGCUGUCUUUGCAGAGGGCAGCCUUUACUCAGCCACGGCUGCGGACUUCCAGGCCAGUGAUGCUGUAGUUUACAGAAGCCUCGGGCCUCAGCCCCCACUCCGCUCCGCCAAGUACGACUCCAAGUGGCUCAGAGAGCCACACUUUGUCCAUGCCUUGGAGCAUGGAGACCAUGUCUACUUCUUUUUCCGGGAGGUCUCUGUGGAGGAUGCCCGGCUGGGAAGGGUACAGUUCUCCCGAGUUGCCCGUGUGUGUAAGCGUGACAUGGGUGGCUCGCCUCGGGCCUUGGACCGCCACUGGACAUCCUUCCUGAAGCUGAGGCUCAACUGCUCUGUCCCUGGGGACUCUACCUUCUAUUUUGACGUCUUACAGGCCUUAACUGGGCCUGUGGACUUGUAUGGCCGCUCCGCUCUCUUUGGGGUCUUCACCACCCAGACCAAUAGCAUCCCUGGCUCUGCGGUCUGUGCCUUCUACCUGGAUGAUAUCGAGCAUGGGUUUGAGGGCAAGUUCAAAGAGCAGAGGAGUCUGGAUGGGGCCUGGACACCUGUAUCUGAGGACAGGGUUCCCUCCCCCAGGCCAGGAUCCUGUGCCGGAGUCGGUGUGGCUGCCUUGUUCCCCUCCUCUCGAGACCUACCCGAUGAUGUCCUGACCUUCAUCAAGGCUCACCCGCUGCUGGACCCCGCUGUGCCACCGGCCACCCAUCAGCCUCUGCUCACCCUCACCAGCAGGGCCCUACUGACCCAGUUAGCUGUGGAUGGUAGGGCUGGUCCCUACAGGAACACCACAGUCCUAUUCCUGGGCUCCAAUGAUGGGACCGUGCUGAAGGUGCUGCCCCCGGGGGGGCCCUCUGGAGGACGUGAGCCCAUCCUGCUGGAGGAAAUCAAUGCCUACAGCCCCUUCAGAUGCAGUGGGAAGCGGGCCGCCCAAACAGCACGGCGGGUCAUAGGGCUGGAGCUGGACACUGAAGGUCACAGGCUCUUUGUGGCUUUUUCUGGCUGCAUCAUCUACCUCCCUCUCAGCCGGUGUGCCCGGCACGGGGCCUGUCGGAGGAGCUGCCUGGCUUCUCAGGACCCAUACUGUGGAUGGCACAGCUCCAGAGGCUGUGUGGAUAUCAGGGGACCUGGUGGGACUGAUGUGGACCCAGCUGGGAACCAGGAAUUCACGGAGCACGGCGACUGCCAAGAUGGAGCUACUGGGAGUCAGUCUGGCACAGGGGAUUCUGCUUAUGGCGUGCGCCGGGACCUCCCCCCAGCCUCAGCCUCCCUCUCCGUCCCCAUCCCACUCCUCCUGGCCUGUGCUGCUGCAGCCUUCGCCCUGGGAGCCUCAGUCUCUGGCCUCCUGGUCUCCUGCGCCUGUCGCCGAGCCCACAGACGUCGGAGCAAGGACGUCGAGACUCCGGGGCUCCCGCGCCCUCUCUCCCUUCGCAGCCUGGCCCGGCUGCACGGGGCGGGCCCAGAGCUGCCGCCCAAGGACGGAGACGCGGCGCAGGUGCCCCAGCUCUACACCACCUUCCUGCCUCCCCCCGACGGCGUAGCCCCGCCGGAGGUGGCCUGCCUGCCCACGCCGGAGUCCACGCCCGAGCUGCCCGUCAAGCACCUACGCCACGCUGGGGGGCCCUGGGAGUGGAACCAGAAUGGGAACAACGCCAAGGAGGGCCCCGGCCGCGCGCGGGGCGGAAGCGCAGCGGGAGGGCCAGCGCCGCGAGUGCUGGUGAGGCCACCACCGCCUGGCUGUCCCGGGCAGGCCGUGGAAGUCACCACCCUGGAAGAACUGCUGCGCUACCUGCACGGCCCGCAGCCGUCCAGGAAAGGGGCCGAGGCCCCGGCGGUGGCAGCGUUGACCUCGCGGGCGCUCCCACCAGAGCGGGUUCCCACCCCCGCCCCCUCCCUCUUUGCGGGCUCCAGCCUCCUCCCCCGGGAGUGCGGACCGCCUCUGAGGCUGGACGUGCCCCCCGAGGGGAAGUGUGCUGCGCCGUCCACCCGGCCCGCCCUCUCCGCCCCUGCUCCCCGGCUAGGGGUCGGAAGCAGUCGGAGGAUGCCCUUCCCCACGCACCGGGCGCCCCCCGCCCUGCUCACUCGGGUCCCCUCGGGGGGGCCCUCCAGGUACUGCGGGGGUCCCGGGAGACAUCUCCUGUACCUGGGCCGGCCGGAGGGGUAUCGGGGCCGCGCUCUGAAGAGGGUAGACGUCGAAAAACCCCAGCUGCCCCCGAAGCCUCCCCUCGUCUCGCCCUCUUCCCAGCCGGCUGUCCCCAACGGCAGCCAUUUUAACUUUUAAAAGGGAGCUGAGCCACGUCUUCGGAUGGCGCCCUUGAAGCCCGUGCCCUCAAAGGCCAAGAGCGUGGACUCAUCUCCAAGGACAGAGGCCCUCCUUCUCUCCGUGUUCCACACCUCCAGCCUUCCUGGACUCUGAGAGUCUCCCGGGGUCCCAGCCCGCCUCGGGUUUAUUUAUUGACGUCUUUCCCCCUGUCCUCGAGAGAGGAGUGGGAGGUGAGAAGCUCGCCCCCUCAGUGAACCAGCUUUUCGGGGGGAACUGGCGC